AUGGAGGAAAACACAAUCCCUACCUUCUCUACGAAUCCCGGAGCCUGGCUUUUGAACAUACCGGAGGAGUUGACCAUAUACCUCCUUCAGUUCACUGACGAUCACGACAAAUUCGCCCUAAGUCGAGCCGGCAGUAAUAAGCUCUACCGCAUAGCAACAUAUGAGCUGUUAAGGACCAGCUCUCGAACGCGUAACUCGGCUCUCUCCUGGGCUUGUUGUAACGGGGAUAAGACUCUCCUUCGCACCGUUGUUAAAUUAGGAGCAGAUGUUAACCACGUCUUUACCGACCCUAAUCCGUGCGGAACUCGUCAGAGUCCUAGCCCUCAAACACCUCUUAACCUUGCAAUAGGCCAUCAACAGGUUAAUAUCGUCGAACUAUUACUAGAGGAAUAUCAUGCCGAUGCCAACGUGAGUGAUGCUUAUAUGGGACCUAGCCCACUAGAAUGGGCUCUUGCUCCUAUAAUAAGUAUACAGCAAAACAAGCUCUAUUUUACAGAGCUACUUCUCGACCACGGAGCACAAUACUACUUAGAUCCUUACCCAGCAUUCAUAGAUCGCAGCGCAGAAGUACGGAUCUUUUACAAUGACCACAUACCAUCUAAAGUCUUGGAACGAGUGAUUGCAAGUUGGACAAGGGCUGACAUUCGCCGGUAUUACAUGGCUCAGUAUUUGACCUGCCUUCGGUAUCUAGAGCAACCCGAAAUCGAAAGUUUUACAAGCAUUCAGCUAGAGAAGCUGAGGAUCUUACGAGAUGCAGAUGCUACGCGUGGUGGCCGUUUCGAGCGUCUCCGUAAUGCCCUAACAUUUCGAACUAUUAGCCCACCAGACCAAUAUCUACCUAUAACAAAACGCAUGAAGCUAGUAGCAAUUGAGUUGCUCGAUUAUCCGGCAAUAAAUGAACCGGGCCCCUUUUGCGAGGCUACUAUUUGGACUUUCGCCGUAAAUCAACUCUACUAUAGAAUUCCUGGCUGCUCUAAUAAGAAGCGUGAGGACAUGCUAUCUUUAUUGCAGGUGAUUCUUGACGCUGGAGCUGAUCCUAGACGUAGUAGCGAGGCGGAGCGCCAAUUCGAGUACACGAACAGCUACUACAACCGGUUUUUCGGGAAUGGGUGGUUGAGUUUGAAAACGCCACUCUCGUGCAUUUGCGCCUCGUGGGACCAUUCUGUACCUGAGAUUGACAAAGUUAUCGACUUUCUUGUGCAGGCUGGGGAGCCUGUAGACGCUCAAGAUAGGGGAGGACUCCAAGCACUGCAUUUUGCCUCAAAAUACCUCCAUCCGCAUCUAGUUAAACAACUAAUUGGCCAUGGCGCUGACGCCAACGCGGUUGAUGUAUACGGCUUCACGGCUCUUCACAUUAUUACAAGUCGGUUUGACAAACCCUUCUAUCCAGGGAACCUGAGAUACUGUAGUUACGAGACAGAGACCAUGUGGCGGCAGAGACGGGCACUUACUGUUUCGACGCUGCUCGACCACGGAGCUGAUCCCUCUAUUGUUGAUAACAAGGGAUUCACACCAUUGCACUACAGUUGUCGCUAUGGUCUAGCAGAGAUUGUAUCACUUCUCAUCACCGACCCACGAGUGGAUAUAAACGCGGAGACGCACGAGCUGGGGACGCCAUUGCACUAUCUUCCAAGGCUGUGUGAACCGUGGGAGUUCGGAAGAAUUACUAAAUACGACACAAAUUCCACAGAUCAACAGAUUGAGCAUAGGGUAAAGAUUGCGGAAAUCUUAAUAAAUGCUGGGGCAGAUGUGAGAGCCCGAGAUGGGGAUAACUGGAUGCCGAUCGUGUACGCCCGAAGAUAUGGUUUUGUCGAACUCGUCAAUGUUCUUUUGGCUCAUGGGGGGGAUGAUGGUUUUGGCUUAGGCGAGGAUGAAUACGGCGACUCUACCAUUUGA